CGAAGCUGACGAUGGUCCAUGCAGGUUCAGUUUUAGCGCUGCUGGGUUUGAGUUUUCUUCUGCCUGGCGUUGUUGGAGAAAAACACUCCCUGUUUUAUCUCUGCACUGUCCAGUCCAGAAACUCUACAGACAGAAUCUAUGAGUUCAGUACAGUGACUCUGCUGGAUGACAGGCAGAUUGACUCCUACAGCAGUACAGACGGGGUCAGGACUCCUAAACAAGACUGGAUGAAGGACAUGAAGGAGAGUGAGUGGACAGCAGGCACUGAUAAUCUGAAGUACGAUGGACACCAGUUAAACAAGAUACUCGACAUACAGAUGAAGGACUUCAGACACGAUGAGUCAGAUGGUCACACUCUGCAGUGGAGAAUCGGCUGUGAGGGUGAAAAACAUUCAGACGGCUCAGUGUCAGUGUUAAACUGCAUUAAUGAAUACGGCUACGACGGACAGAGUUUAAUCUCCUAUAACUGGACCUCGAGGAAAUGGUCAGCGCCAGUCAGUCAGGAUGGGGUAACAGAGGAGUGGAACGCUGGAUAUGGUCAGAACCCUGUUCGGAGAUGUGAAGAGUGUGAGCACUGGCUGAAGAUUUAUUUACAGUACAACACCACUGAAACCAAACAGAGUGAAGUGGAUGUUUAUGUGUUUGUGAAGAAAUCUGUAACUGACCUGAAGAAGCUGACCCUGACCUGCCUGGCCACGGGCUUCUACCCCAAAGAAGUGGAGAUUAAAGUGAGGAAGGUCACGACUUCACUGCCUGAACAUCUACUAAGUUCUUCAGGAGUCAGACCCAAUGAUGAUGGAACCUACCAGCUGAAGAAGAGUGUGGAGAUAAAUGAGGACAAACCAGCAGAUUAUGACUGUUAUGUGACUCACAGCUCCAUCAGCACACCAGUGAUUAAACAGUGGGAUGGAAAAUGCAGUAACUGCCAGAGCGUAGUGAUUGGAGGAUUGGUUGGAGUGACUAUAGGAGUGUCGGGGGCUCUGCUGGCUGUGAUGAUCUAUUUUCAUAUGAAGAAGAGGAAGAUUAGAGGUGGAUGGACAGACAGUGGACACACAGACACUAACUGUAAAGAAGAUGUGGACCAUGGGCUGGUCUCUCUCAACCUGCUGAACAAUAAAAUACCAAGAUAA